UACAGUUCCAACACCACCACUUGUUUAUGCUUCUCUUUCUUCCCCCUAAAGUUUUCAACUUUCUUUAGAUUUCUUCGAGAAAACAUACAAAAAUGGGCAUCAGAAAAUCAAACAAGCUAUCACAAGCUGCAGUUUUGAAGCAAAUUUUAAGUUGUUCGAGUUUGGGGAUGAAACAGGGCUAUGAUGAUGAAUACCAUCUUCCCAUUGACGUACCUAAAGGACAUUUUGCAGUUUACGUGGGCGAAAAUCGAACACGUUUCAUCGUACCUAUUUCUUUUUUGACUCACCCUGAGUUCCAAUGCCUACUUCAACGUGCCGAAGAAGAAUUUGGCUUCAAUCAUGACAUGGGAAUUACCAUUCCCUGUGAAGAAGCCGUUUUCAGGUCACUAACUUCCAUGCUUCGUUAGUGAAUUAAUGAAGUAUUUGAAAAGAAGAAAUUAAAAGAGUGAAUAUUAGGUGUUCUAAGGUUUUCUAGUGAAGAAGGAUGGGCUAGCUCGAGAUGAAGUAAUGUGGUUUUUUUUGCUUCUCUUUUUUCUAUCAUCCAAUUUCUUCACUCCUUUUUUUAGAAGGGGUGGGGGGUUAAUUUUCAUCUAACCCUGACCUAGUAACCACAUGAUAUUAUUAGUAGUGUUUUUAUGGGUCAGAAUCAAAUUUGUAAAAAGUGGUCUUGGAGUUUUUCCCUCGCAGUGGUGUUAUUUUGCACCCAGUGAGAGAAGAGAAUGUUUCUCAAUCUAUUUGCCAUUUUCGAUACAGAAUGUAUCUCAAUCUAUUUGCACAUAAUUUUACUGCAUAUUUGUCUGGGAAAA